AUGGCGGACACGUCCACCGACAAUCAGCCAGAGCCAGCUCCACCCACAGAUAUGGUGGGUGCUGACAGUUUUGGCGAUCUACUAGCACAACUAUUACAAUCACUACCUGCGGAGGCGUCGCGGCUCUUCCUUAUGGCGCUAAGCGGCCUCUCACCAAGCGAAAGUGCUGAGCUUUGUCGCUACGUUGACCGCCUACGGGAUGAGAAACAAUUUCGCGUGAUAAAAGCCAUGGCCGAGUCCACUGUUGACGGCAAAAAGAAGUUUAUUUUGAAUUUGCGCAAAAAAUUUAUUGCACAGGAAGCCAAAUUGGCGGAAGAUCGUGCGCAAGAGGAGCAGAAUAUGGAGACUUACUUAAGGCGUAAGCAUGCACUUACUGCUGUUAACAAGUUUCAUUCAUUGAAUGCAGUCAUUGGUCCUGAUAGUGCAGAUAAUGAUGGUCAUAAACUGACUUCACAACAGUUGGCCGGAAUGCCAAAUGCAGAUGGAGUCGUUACUGGUCGCUCACUUUCUUCAUCGUCAGUUGUAAUUUCUAAGGAAGACAUUUCUCUCGUUGGACGGUUACUUAGUAAUUCACACAUUGGAGAUUCCGAAAAGAAUCUUCGUGAACUGGAGAUCAACAAAAAGGGAUUUACGAUAGGUGAUAAGAGCGCAACAACUGCUACACAAGAACAGAACACAGCGUCAAAGCGAGAUCGUCCUCAGAGCACUCAUGCGCUUAUUGAAGGCGAGCAAAAGCCCACACAGCGUACCCGUCAUGAUGCAAGCACACCAGAGGCUUCAUCAAGCUUCAAUGUCGAAAGAUUUGAUGAAAACACUGAGAAUGGGGAAAAUCCCGAAGCCCCUACAACCAAACGAUGGACGAAAAGUCAGGAUGCAGCCCUUCGAGAAAGCGUUCGUGUCCACGGAGAGAAAAAUUGGAAGGCGAUCGCCGAACUCGUGCCUGGUCGAAAUCAUGCGCAGUGUUUGCAGCGCUGGCGCAAGGUUCUGAAACCCGGUCUUGUGAAAGGUCAUUGGUCUUUCGAAGAGGAUCAAGUUCUUGAGUAUCUUGUGACACAGGGAUGCAACAAUUGGGGUCAAAUCGCAGAGCGUAUACCGGGACGCACACCGAAACAGUGUCGUGAACGAUGGAAGAACCACCUGGAUCCAGCUAUUAAUAAAGGCCCUUACACCGAAGAAGAAGAUUCUGUGAUCCUCACUGCACAGGCGCGGCUUGGUAAUAAGUGGUCACAGAUUGCUCAACUUUUAAAAGGACGUACCGAAGAUUCUGUCAAGAUUCGCUGGAAAUCACUCAAACAGAACCCAAGCAAGGCUGCAGCAUCGCACGCUCAGCACAAGAAAAACCAGCAACAAGCACAAGCUGCUGCUCAACAUGCGGCAAUGGAUUACCACAAUUCGGCACUUAUGAGACAGCGACAGUUGCAACUAUUGCAGCAACAGCAACAUCUUCAGGUGCACAAUAAUGCCGAAGCCGUACAACAGCUUGACCAACAACAGCAUAUGCAGCAAAUGCGUCUUCACGAAAAAAUGCUGCAGCAAAUGCAACAAGGUCGGCACAUUAGCCACGUUGCCAUGUUGACAGAGGAUCUCAAGGUUGAAUCGUACCAGCCAAAUCGCGCUAUGCUCAUGGGUCACUCGCCUGGUGGUGACGCAAACCUCUACGCCGCCGCUGCUUAUGCCCAACAGUCUUAUGUUCCUCCGCAGCAAUAUAACGGCCAGGGCUUUGUUGCGACUAAUUGCUAUGAUCCUCGAAAUUACGAACGAUCAACACCUAAAUUUGCAAAUACGUCGCCAGUUCAUCAGACCGACCACCACCAGCAGGAUAAUAGUGACACGUGGCUUCAACCUUCAACACCUGCAGCAAACGGUGAAAUUGAUCAGCAACAACGAAGUCGACGGUCUCAACAUGUAAGCUCUAACGGCUCCAUUCUGUGGGAUCCCUAUUCGCGACAAGACGCAUCUCAAUUGAGCCCAUUAAGUCUACAGGCGCUGUUGCAAGAUCCGUCACGAGGGGGCGAACUAGACUCGAGUUUCUACCAGCCUGUAGAACAGCAACCGGAAGAGGCUGUUGCUUUUACCAUUGGCGACUCAAGCUUUGGUAGUACGCCAACAUUGACGUUUCCGCACACGCAUGCACUGUAA